GAGUGUAACAUGUUGUAAUAUAGUUUCUUAUCUUUACAUAUUUUAUACAAUCAUUCAUUUAGUAGAUAGAGGUUAUACAGAGCAUUUAUACACGGGAUAAGAAAUAUGAAGGCAGUAAUAAUCCUAUGUCUUGUCGCUGCUGCGCAAGCUCAGCAAAUGAAUGUGCAAUGCGGUGUGCCAACUGUACAACCACAAAUGAGCCGUAUUGUUGGAGGCACAGUUGCCGUGCCUGGCUCCUGGCCCUGGGUGACAUUGAUUGCAGACAGUUUAGGAUUCAUUUCCGGAUCGGGUGUUAUCAUUGACUCAAAUGUCAUUCUCACCUCUGCACAGCACUUUGAAGGUGUUGGAUACAGUGUGUUCGACUUGAACCUACAUCUGUGGCGUGUGUGGGCCGGGGAAUACAACAUCAACGUAAAUGAUCCUCAUGAGAAGUCAUACCACAUUAGACGUGUCGUUCUCCAUCCAGGAUAUAAUACGACCAGUCUCGAAAACGACAUUGCCCUUAUCAUCACUGUUGAACCUAUCAUGUGGAAUGAUCAUACUCGUCCAGCAUGUAUAGCCGACUAUUCUCACACGUAUGCUGUAGGAGACCAGUGCUACCUUCCAGGCUGGGGAAGCACCGAAACAACCGGAAAUGAAGAAACUUUGAACCAGCUCAAGUACCCUAUUUUGGACGACAGCAUUUGCGCAAAUCAUUGGGAUGAUUUCCUACCUAACACGGAGAUUUGUGCUGGAUACGAAAACCAGAAAAAAGACUUCUGUGGGGAUGAUAUUGGAAGCCCUUUGAUGUGCAGGAGCCAAAAUGGUCCAUGGUAUGCAAUGGGAAUCGCUUCCUCGGGUGGUAACUGUACUACAGCUGACGAACCAGGAAUAUUCGAGGACGUAACCAUGUACACUGAGUGGAUCAAGAAAACCAUGGAGGAGGCUGGUUAUCCAUACCAGUACUAAAAAGGACUCAUUCUAUUCUAUAUGUAAUUGAAAUGUACUAUAAAACUUAACAAGAGUAAACAAAAUAUGAUCUUC